AUGGAAGCUGUUCAUCAACACCAAGAACUUGCUGUUGCUCUUGCCACCCUUCUUAUUCAUGAAGCUGGAAAAGAAAUUACUGCUGAACAUAUUAAUAAUGUUCUUCAUCAUGCCAACGUCAAGGUUGAAGGUUUCUGGCCAAUUGUUAUGGCUAAGGCACUUGCUAAUGCUGACAUCGAAGAUUUAAUUAUGAACACUACCGCUGCUCCAGUUGCUGCUGCCCCAACUGCUGCCGUUGCAGCUAGUGAAACUGAAACUAAAGAAGAAAAGAAAGAAGACAAAAAAGAAGAAGAGGAAGAAGAAGACUUCGGAGGAUUUGGUGAUCUUUUCUAA